GCAGCUGGAUAAUUUGCCGUCGCCACGCCACACCACGCCACCCAUUUAUUUCGGAAGUUUGAUUUAUUUUUCGGAUAUUUUUCGUCGCAAUCAAAUCAAAUACUACUACUACUAGUUUAAAGGGGUGGAAGAAGCUCUUUUUCAAAGCUAGUCGAAAACGAGACUGCUCGUAAUUUCAAUCUCCGAGUGAAGGACGAAAUGGAAGGCACGGUGUUCACCCCUGCAUUGGAAGGGAUGCAGCAUGUGAAGUCGGAAGACGGAGUAAUGCUAACUAAGCCAUUCUUGGAUGUAUGCAAGCUUAUCUUACCUGUGAUUGAAAAAUUUGGAGCUGCUAUGGCACUUGUCAAAUCUGACAUUGGAGGCAACAUAACUAGGCUAGAGAACAAAUAUUUGUCCAGCCCAACGAAGUAUACCCAUCUAUACACUAUGGUACAAGAAGAAGUUGAUGCUAAGACCGCUAAAGGCUCAUCUAGUUGCACCAAUGGCCUCCUGUGGUUGACAAGGGCAAUGGAUUUCUUGGUAGAAUUGUUCCGUAAUUUAAUUCAUCAUCAAGACUGGUCUAUGUCUCAAGCCUGUAGUGAGGCCUAUGCGAAGACUCUGAAAAAAUGGCAUGGUUGGCUGGCUAGUUCAAGCUUUUCUGUUGCUAUGAAGCUCGCGCCUGAUAGGAAAAAGUUCUUAGAUGUUGUUGCUGGAAAUGGUGAUGUUAAUAGUGAUAUUGAGAAAUUCUGCACCACUUUCUCACCAUUUCUUGAGGAGAACCACAAAUUCUUGGCUAGCGUUGGCUUGGAUGAUCUCAAGGCAUCUUAGAUGAAUGAUGAGUGAGGAAAAUUAUAUUCCUGCGGCUAUAAUUUUACUACAUUGCUAUACUAAUGCUAAUAAAUUCAACACAAAUUACUCCGUCUUGUGCUUAUGUAACCUUGGCUUGGGUGUACGUGGAUUUUUUUUAUUUGAAAAGUAUUAUUUUAGAACUAAAUUAAAUAGCUAAA